CAUUUGUAACUUGAUGUUUCCUUGUGCCACGGGGAAAAUCUUGCAAAAGUUGCUUACUCGUUACUAUCGUAUCGUGUUUUGGUUAGCUCGUGUCUUGAAGCCCCACUGUAUAUAAUAGGACGGAUAAAAACAAUCUUUGGGAACCGCUGUAGACAUUUCAGCAGUCGACCAUAUUAUGGUCCAUAUUAUGACAUAUUUAUGCUGAUAUUCACACCUUUGAAGGGUGACAAUGACCCCACCUGUUGGUAACUUGAGGUAACUGAAGUCAAAGCUGUAGCACAGAGAGUGGACAGAGGACUGAACUGGUUAUACAGAGGCCAAAAGAAUGUGCAGCAGGGUAGGGUGGUAAAGUGUGUUGAUGUAAAACGACAGACUGAGAAAAAUCAGUGAGGAAAAUAAGUAGUAAGGAAGUGAAGGAAACUAGGAAAAUGUUGAAGGAUGACUGGAAGAAAGAGCGACUAGAAGAACCUUCUGGACCUUCACAGUCACCUGGUGACUGGACAGGGACAACCGGGUGUUACUCGGGGACGUGGGAACAGAGCUGAUGUCUGUAGUCGUUUCAAUGUCAUGUCCAAUAGAUUUCAGCGCUGGUCAUGUGACCUGACCUGAGGUAAACUGAGGAUCUGUCAGCACUUCUAUCUUUGUCUCCUCCUUCAUCUCCUCGUCAUCCAUCACUGAGUUCCACAGGAAAUGAAGAAGUUCUGGAACAUUUUUAAAGUUGACAAGGUUUCGUUCUGAAGGGAAGGUGAGGAGGGGAGACGAGGGGAGAGGAGAGAAGACAGGAGAGAGGAGUAUCUGUCUGCUGGUGUUCAGUGUGUGAAGUCUGUCAUCAGACGUCUGAUCAUCAGGUCUCAGUUAAUGAUUACAAACUGAGGCAGAGGUCUCCGGGUCCUGAUCUGGACCAUGGACCUGGACUUUCCUUCAGUCCUCCUCUGAGCUCCUGCUCACUCCCCCCAAAAUGCUGCUGCUGCUGUUGCUGCUGCCACAGGAAAACUUGACCUCAGGCUGGACCGAGGCCGAGGAGGACCACCGCUCCCCGUCCGGGUCCGAAUCUGACACAGCGGCUGGCACUGGGCUGGAGACCGGACCAGAGGCGGUGCUGGUACCGCUAGUGUUCGGGUUGAUCUUUGUGCUUGGGGUUCUGGGAAACUGUUUGGUUCUACUGGAGAGAUACGGCAGCCUCGGGACACGCGGCGGCGGCGGCAACGGCGCAACCCGCGGCAGCGUUACCAACAUCUGGAUCGUGAACCUGAGCUCAGCCGAUCUGGGCUUCCUGCUCUUCUGUGUGCCCUUCCAGGCGUCCGUCUACUCCCUGCCGCACUGGCUCUUCGGCUCCUUCUUAUGUCGCUUCUCCCACUUCUGCUCCAGCGUCUCCAUGCUGGUCAGCAUCCUCACGCUGGUCGCCAUGUCCGUGGACCGCUACUUGGCUGUGGUGCGCGCCGGUAAGGCUGUUCGAGUCCGGAGCCGGAGAAACGCGCUGGUGGGUGUGUGUGUCAUCUGGACGCUGUCGGUGCUGUUCUCGGUACCUGUGGCCCAGCACCAGGUGCUGACGGGUCACACCGCCGCACCGAACAGCACCUUCUGCUGGGAGAGCUGGAGCCAACACGCGCACAGGCGCGUGUACAAGGUGUGCGUGUUUGUGCUCGGGUUCGUGGUCCCACUGCUGCUCAUCAGCUGCUGCUACGUCAAGAUUCUGUUUCAUCUUCAUAGAAAGAUCAAGAACACGUCGAAGAAGUCGGAGCGUUCCAAACAAAAGACAACUCAGACGGUCCUGAUGGUGGUCACCGCCUUCGCCCUCUGCUGGUUGCCUCACCACAUCAUCGUGAUGUGGGUGGAGUUCGGCCUCUUUCCUCUGAACGACGCUUCCUUCGUCUUUCGAAUCGUCUCCCACUGUCUGUCCUACGGACAUUCCUGCCUGAACCCCGUCCUCUACGCCUUCCUGUCUGAGAACUUCCGCAAGGCCAGUCGUCAAGUCUUCGACUGCCAUUUCCUGUACUCCACGCCACCUCCAGACGCCAUGGUUCGGUUUCACAUAGAGAACUUCUCCACCACACUCAGUGACCAUGGUGUGACCAGCAGGGGGAGCAGGACAUUGUGACAGUGGUGUCUUCAACUCUAACACAGACCAAGAUGGCGGCUCAGUCAACAGCUGCCGAUGAAAACUCUUCUCAUGAACUCUGACAUGAUUUCUGAGUUAAAAUCACUCACAAACAUUGAAUCUUGGAACUUAUUUUUGAUACACAUUUACUAAACUUUACAAACCUUAGCCUCAUAUCUAGAAAUGCUAUGUUUGGCACUGUAGCCAAUCAGAAAGCAGGAUAGCAUUAAGCUAGCUGUAACUGAAACACAGAUUAGCUUGGUUACUGAAAAGAUAAACAUUUUUCUGCCGUUCACAUUUCAGCUAAUUCCAGCUAACUCUUUAUUUUUGCACAUUUUUUACCUAAAAUGUAUUAUUUUGUUGUUGUUUUCUUAGCUUUUCACUAUUCACUACUGCUUUCUUAUAAUAAACCAUUGUUGUAUUCAGUUUUUGGACUUACUGACGUGUGUGUGUGUGGGGGGGGGGUCCUAUCUCAGUGGCCAGGCAGUUGGGCCUCUGGGGUUUGAGUCCAGUUGUUUUCUCGUGUGUGACAGGCUCCAGUGGCUUUGGUACCUGAAGAAGAAGAGGAGAAAAAAACUGUUGUUUUGUUUUUCUGAUAUUUUCAAAAAUACUGUAAUUAUUUUUAACUACAAAUCCAAAGGUUCUGUAAUCUAAAAAUGAAAUUCAAACCAAAUGUUUACUAGUGACACAUUUAUAAAAUCACAAUUAUAAAACAGAUGGACAUUUAAAGUCAACGUACAAUGACAUUUUUUUCACAUUUUUUACAAUUGUAUCUGUAUUUGUCAGAAAUGUCAGCAGUGAUUCAAUUUAAUGGUUUAUUAAAUGUAAAUUAAAAAUAUAUUUUUUUACCUUAGGUUAAAUAUGAUCUCUACUCAUGUCA